AUGGGACUUCCGAGAUGCCAAACAGCUCUGCUACUAUGCCUUUUGACUACUUGCGCGUUGGCUAGCUCUGAAACCGGUAGCUCUUCUACUGCUGACGAUGCUGCUGAUACCGAUGGUCCUAUGAGAUCUUUCCUGCUGUCGAUCUCGAUGAUCGGGGUGUCUGAAAUCGGUGAUAAGACCUUCUUGAUCGCUGCGCUGAUGGCAAUGCGCUACCAGAGAAUGCUUGUUUUCAGUGCCUCUGCCAGCGCUUUGUUCCUGAUGACUAUUCUCUCGGGCCUUGUGGGCCGCACUUUUACGUCUUUGGUCCCCCAGCGCUACACCCAGUUCAUGGCCGGAAUUUUGUUCUUGAUUUUCGGCUACAAGCUGACUCUCGAGGGCCUGGCCAUGUCUAGAGACAUGGGAGUCGAGGAAGAGCUUGCUGAGGUUGAGGAGGAAAUUGCGGUCAGAGACUUUAACAAGAACAUGGGUCAUGUGGAAAGCGGCGGUGCGCCCGGCAAUGAAUCCUCCAAGAACGUGUUUCUACAAAACGCUGCGUUGAAGAGCAUCUGUAACAAAGUUAUGGACCUGGUAGCUUAUGUCUUUAGCCCGGUGUGGGUCCAAAUCUUCAGCAUGGUUUUCCUGGGUGAGUUUGGCGACCGUUCCCAAAUCAGCACAAUCGCCAUGGCUUCAGGAAGUGACUAUUGGUUUGUCAUUUUCGGCGCCAUCGUGGGCCAUGCCAUCUGUACGGGUCUCGCCGUUAUAGGCGGCAAAAUGUUGGCUUCCAAGAUCAGUAUGCGAACCGUUACGCUUGGGGGCGCUUUCUCGUUUUUCAUAUUCGCUAUCCUGUACAUUCGUGAAGCAUUCAUCAACCCUAACUAG